AUGCCGUUGGAAACUAAAGAUGGCAAGCCUGUACUGGCUUGCUACAUAUGUUACGCAAGGCUCAAGAACUGCUAUGAGUUGAGGAAGAGCUGUCUCCAGAGUGAGGAGCUGUUCACACGAAUGCUGAGCAGUGAUGAGCCCGAACAAGUGAAGCUGCAAGGCAUAAACAAUAAGAAGAGACUCACCAUGGACAAUGUUGUACACUUGAGCAUGGGACAUGAACAUGAGAUAAAUGCAGACAAUGUUGGUGUGGAGGCUCUGAAGUGUGAAGUAAAACUUGAACCAAAUGAUUGUGAAGAUACUCGUAUCGAUGAGGAGGAAAAUAGUGUCUUUGACAACGUACAGUCUGCAGACUCAAAGGGUUUUGUAAUGACUGUCAAGGAGGAACAGACCGGAGACAUGACAAUUGAUCCUACUCCGAAGGCAUCUACGCAAGACGAUCAGAGAAAUCCAGAAGAUUUAACCUCCAACAACCUGAAGCAUCACGUUCUCGUACCGGACACUUUACAAGAUCUUUCAAGUCAGAAUAGUACACACACCGCUCAAAAGUCACAUCAGUGUAGUAACAAAGAGAGGCAGCUGAAUAAUGCAAGGGCCUUGAGACCUUCGUAG